AUGGAAUCCCAUCCUUCGCACCCCAUCCUCGCCAACCUACUCGAAAAAUAUCCUCGCGCCGCAUCAGGCCUGUUCCAAGCGUACAACGACAUCGUAUACACUCAACAAUGGCAAAACGUCCAAGUUGUCGACCUUGACAAGUGUGAGCGGGGUGCUAUCCAAGGGAAGAAAAAAGACACGGAUGCGGUGCUACAUGUGGUACCCUGCUCUCUAUCCGAGACAGUCUCUUUUGCCUGGCUACAAGCUGCAUUUUCGCAGCUGAACACGAAAGAGAUCUAUCUGGGCAUCACGUCGGAGGACGCAUCAAUUGUGUAUUACAAGAUUAGCCAAGGAAUCGUGAAGCCGCCGGUGUAA